AUGGCUGAUAACGGGAAUGAAAAGAGACCAGACUUGACUGUCGACUCUGGUUCACAUGCACCUAUUGAGGAUCAGCAGAAGAAUAUCUCGGACAGGAAUGAGAAGGGACCUACCGAUUUCGGGGCCGAACAUCGGCCUGCUGAUGAAAACAAUGAUCGUGACGAGGGAGAAGGUGAAGCUGAAUCAGUGGCUUCAAAGGAUGAAUUGAGGUUAUCCAAAGCUCGUUGUAUAGCUCUUGUCUGCACCGUCACUGGAGCUUCUUUCCUCAACACACUCUCUAGUCAAAGUGUAGUCAUCAUCCUCCCCCAAAUCGGUCGAGCUCUAGAUGUUCCUGAUACGAGGCUUCAAUGGGUUGUUUCAUCUUAUGUCUUGACAUUUGGUUGCUUUCUACUACUCUGGGGACGAAUAGCAGAUAUCUACGGCAAGAGACUCAUCUUUAUCCUUGGGUCUUUCUGGGUUACGAUUUGUUGCAUCGUUAACGCUUUUAUCCCUACUGAGAUUGCAUUUGACUUGUUUCGCGGACUACAUGGACUGGGCGCUGCUGCUAAUGUCCCGACUGCUAUUGGUAUUCUGGGCACUACAUUUCCUCCCGGGAAGGCAAAGAACUAUGCCUUUAGUGCAUAUGCUGCUGGUGCUCCCCUAGGUAGUGUCUGUGGUAAUCUAGUCUCAGGUCUCAUCGCCGAAUGGGCCAGCUGGAAAUGGGUCUUCGGUGCCCUCGCCAUAAUGGCCGGCAUGAUCGCUGUAGCCGGCGUCUUCUGCAUCCCUCCUCCACCUCCAGAGCUCCAGCCCGAGCAUAACAACCUCCGAGCCAAGACGGCAGCCAUCGACUGGAUCGGUGCUACUAUGAUCACUUGCGGUCUCUUGGCCCUCACCUUCGCUCUUACUGAGGGUAACGUCGUUGGAUGGACCGCCCCUUGGAUCCCAGUCCUUAUCGUUGUUUCGAUUGGUAUCAUCGUCGCUUUCUUCUUCUGGCAGCGGUAUCUUGAGCAAAAGACGAAUCGGCCUCCGCUUGUCAAGGUGUCCAUCUUUCACAACUGGCGCUUUACGGCUGUCAUGAUCAUUAUGGGCUUCUUCUUUGGUGGUUUUAACAACUACCUAAUCUAUGCCACCUACUACUUUCAGGACUACCAGGGCCUGUCACCACUCCAGACGAUGCUGCGAUUCAUCCCUACUGGUGUCAGUGGCUUCAUCGUCGCCUUUUGCACUGCCCAUCUUCUUUCGCGUAUCCCAACUUUCUUCAUCCUCGCCUUCGGCCAUGUCGCUGUAUGCAUUGCAGCAGUUCUCUACGCCGUGCCUAUUCCCCCAACGACAUCAUACUUUGCCUGGGGCAUGUGGGCUAUGAUUCUCUCAGUCGUUGGUGCGGAUACAGCCUGGCCUUGUCUCACACUCUUCACUUCCCAUGCACUUCCCAAAGAAGAUCAAGCUGUUGGCGGCGCUCUCAUCAACUCGUCUGGCAUGAUUGGCCGUGCUAUCUCUCUGGCUGUUGCCACAGCUAUUCAAUCCUCGGUCAUGGCAAAGGAAAGAGGUGUUAAUGUCCAGAAUGUCGGGUCGGUUGAGGAAUGGGAUGAUCCGUCACUCAAAGGUCUUCGAGCAGGAGCUUGGACAAACUUUGGUAUUCUCUUCGUAGCUCUUGCGCUGGUCGUAUAUACUUUUAGGGGCAUGGAGAUCAUUGGUAAAAUACCUGACCUUCCCCAAAGGCCGGAGGGGGUAGUCAAUCAGCAGGAUACAGAUGUUGAGCGACGCGGUUAG